GGGCGAUUUGAUGAAACUGUGAUUGAAGAAAGAAGGCAAUGUGCUGAAGAUCUGUUGCAGUUUUCUGCCAAUAUCCCUGCUCUGUAUAACAGCAAACAGCUUGAAGAGUUUUUUAAGGGUGGGGAGAUACAUGAUGGAUCUGAGCUGAUUGGUCCUGUUGAGUCUCUGACUGAUAACCUGUCUGACUGCAGCUCUGAAGUUCGAAAGGAUUUAAGUGGGCUGGAUGAUGUGACACUUACGAGCCAGUCAGAAUAUGGAGGCUUCUCCAGUGACAGCGACCUGAUCUCUCUGACAGCUGAUGUAGAUUCUAUUGCUGAAUUGGAUGAUGGAAUGGCAUCCAACCAGAGUUCUCCCAGCAGAGCUCCUGGCCUUUGCUUUACUUCUGAAGCCCCAGUCCAAAGCACACUGACACCUGAGCAGGAGUGGAUCAAACCCGAAGGAGAGAGGGGGAGCCAUACUUCGUUUACUGGAAGCCUAAAACCCAAGCCUGGCAAAAAAGAUUACUUGGAGAUAGCAGGUGAAUUGAUAAAGCUGGCCUUGAAGAAGGAGGAGGAGGAAGAUUAUGAAACUGCCUUUAGUUUUUAUAGGAAAGGGGUUGAUCUGCUUCUGGAAGGUGUUCAAGGUGAAUCGAGCCCAACGCGUCGAGAAGCAGUGAAAAGGAAAACUGCAGAAUACCUUAUGCGUGCAGAAAGGAUUUCCAGUCUCUACCAUACCUCCUCUGAAGAUGCAUCCCUUUCUAUGCCUCCAGGAUCACUAAGUUCAAGGCCCUCUUGGAACCUAAGAAGCCCUGCCGAGGAACUGAAGGCCUUCAGAGUCCUUGGGGUGAUUGACAAGGUUUUGCUUGUCAUGGACACUAGAACACAACAGACUUUCAUACUGAAGGGUCUAAGGAAAAGUAGUGAGUACAGCAGGAGCAGAACGACCAUCAUCCCCCGCGGUGUGCCCAACAUGGUGUGUCUGCACAAGUACAUCAUCUCCGAGGAGUCUGUCUUUCUUGUGCUACAGUAUGCAGAAGGAGGAAAACUGUGGUCUUACAUCAGUAAGUUCUUAAACAGAAGUCCUGAAGAGAGCUUUGAAAUUCCUGAAGCCACAACAUCCAGUUCAACUAAAAUUUACCUGGAGCAGCCAACCCCAAGUCCAAAAGAAAUGGGUAGCAGCACUGAUUCCAGAGAAAGCUAUGGGGAGAGCAUGCUGAAGGUGGUCCCACUGCAGAGCAGCCUGACACCGAGCUCUCAGGAUGACAGCAGCAACCAAGAGGAUGGCCAAGAGAGUUCAAACUGGAUGGACUCGGCAUCCAGCUCAGAAGAAGAAUGCACUACUAGUUAUUUAACAUUAUGCAAUGAAUAUGGGCAAGAAAAAAUUGAUUCUGGCUCUCUAAGUGAGGAACCAGUGGUUAAGCUGGAGAGUGAUGGUCUAAAUACCAAAGAGAGAAGUUGCUUGCAGAAGCACGGUGUCGUUGGCAGUGAUAGCCUCACCUCUCAGAUUGUGUCUCAGGAACGAAAGCUUUUCAUUGACGAUGCUGAGUUGGAAGUAGCUAGUCCUACUAGGAUAUUGGACUCGUUAACUAAAUCAAAGAAUAGCCCCAUGGAACUCUUCAGGAUAGACAGCAAAGAUAGCACUAGUGAGCUCCAGGGGCUUGAUUUUGGAGAAAAAUUAUACAACCUGAAAUCGGAACCUUUGAAGCCAUUGUUUUCUGUCCCAGAUCAUGACAGAAGCUUGGAUGCCUUAGAGAGCAAAAUGAAUUUGAGAGCUCAUGACACCAUAAGCAGGGGUUCUAAUGACUCUGUGCCAGUUAUCUCCUUUAAGGAUGCUGCUUUUGAUGAUGUAAAUAGUGUUGAUGAAGGAAGGCCUGAUCUCCUAAUAAACUUACCCAGUAUGUCUGAUGAAACCGAAGAGGCAGCGGUGUCCCGGCCAACAAAGCUCACAAAAACUGACAGGGACACGUUGGAAAUAAAGUUACUAGAAACACCUGAUGUCUUACAAUUAAAUAAUUCUACAGAGCCAUGCAAAGCAUUUGAUCAAGAGCCAAAUCAUGUGGCAGCAGUAGUGGGGGAUCCUUCCUGCAAGGAAGCGAAUGGACAAAGUGGUGUCAUUCAGGGAGCCCUUGGGACCCUCUUUACAUCUGACCGAGAGGUAGGUAGUUCAGAAGAUGGGGCUCUCUUUCAAGGGCUUGGAGCCUCCUCCUUAGAUGUGACAAGCAAAGAAGAAAGUUUAUUUGUUUCCAACCUGCUCUCAGGUGCUCAAGGUGUUAGCUUGGAUGGGGACACGUUAAGAAGUGAGGCAGUGUUGCUGUUUUCUGAUCAAACCGAAGCCCUGGGGAAGGAGGAAGCGGAUCCGGCUUUGCUACCAGCAGCUGAAAGUGGAAAGAUCGCACCAAAGAGGGAAGACAAGAUACCAAUAGCAGAGGAGAAGGAAAUACAUCAGAUUUUUCAGGACCUCGAUGAAAGAUUAGCGAUAACCUCCACGUUUUAUAUCCCAGAGGACUGCAUUCAGAGAUGGGCAGCUGAAAUGGUUGUAGCCCUUGAUGCUUUACAUAGAGAAGGAAUUGUGUGCCGCGAUUUGAACCCAAACAACAUCUUAUUGAAUGAUAGAGGACACAUUCAGCUAACGUAUUUUAGCAGGUGGAGGGAGGUUGAAGAUUCCUGUGACAACGAUGCCAUAGAGAGAAUGUACUGUGCCCCAG